AUGUCAGUCCACUGCAAGCGAGUUGCACGCGGGACGAACGGAGUCGCUUCCCGACGGGUGCUCAUUCCCAUCGAACAAACACAACAAUCCAGUCAAACAGUCGAAUGGUAUUUCAAAAAUCUCAUGCAACCAAACGACCAACUGAUCUUCGUGCAUAUCACAGAGCCAAGGAUGAACAAUGCACUACUGGGUUUACGGAUGCCCAACUCGCCCGUUCUCGUGGGAACACAGAUUCCAUUCUCUAGUAAAUUGUUGAAUGAUGCGAAAACACUGUGUGGUGAUUAUGUGCAUCGGGCCAUGUCGGUUCACGGGAUCACAGCUCGUGGAUUUGUGUACGUGGACAGUAAGCCGCGUUGUAAAUUGAUUCGUGUGAUCCAAUCGCACAAUGCGGAUCUGGUGUUGCUCCCGGGUGGGAAUAGACAGCGCUCGUUUUGGGAUACAUGGAAGCGAAAAAAUGGCUCGGGUACACUGCCGAUAGUGAUCACGCACCCCUUUCAGUUGACAGCUUAUUAG